AUGCAUUUCUCACUUAUUUCAGUGGCUCUUAUUGCUGGUGUUAUGGCAGCUCCUGUCCCAGACACGGAUGCCACACCGGUGAUGCUUGCUUAUGAUGCUAGUGAUGCCCCUGAAGGCGCAACUCCAGUGAUGCUGGCCUACGACUCCUCCAAGGCCAAGCGUUCAACUCCGGUAAUGUUGGCUUAUGAUGCCAGUGAUGCCCCGGAGGAUGCUACUCCUGUCAUGCUUGCCUAUGACAGCACUUCUGAGAAGCGUUCGGCCCCAGUUAUGCUGGCUUAUGAUUCCAAGACUAGGCGGUCCACUCCGGUUAUGUUAGCCUACGAUGCCAGCGAUGCUCCCGAGGGUGCUACGCCUGCUAUGCUUGCUUAUGACAGCACAAGUGAGAAGCGUUCAGCCCCAGUCAUGUUGGCAUACGAUGCCAGUGAUGCUCCUGAGGGCGCCACUCCUGUCAUGCUUGCUUAUGACAGCACUACUGAGAAACGCUCCAAUGCAGUGAUGCUCCAGUAUGACCCGAAGAACGUUUCGGAAGAUGCCACUCCUGUCAUGCUGUCUUAUGACGCAUAA